AUGAACCGUAAGAAUUUGGAAGAAUUUAUAAAUUUAUAUAAAUUAUAUCUAUGUAUGUGGCAAACAAAAUCUAAGCUUUACCAUGACCGCCCAUUAAGGGAAACGGCUUACAAAGUAUUAGUGGACAAAUUAAAAGAAUCUGAACCAGAUGCGAACAAGGAUUUAGUGACAACAUCAUCAAUGAAUCAACCUGAAAGAUUUUGUGAUGUGAUCUCGGAAUUCAAUGGACAACGACGAAAUUUAUAUCUAGAGAAGUUUUUAGAACAACUUGAUCGAUAUUUUCAAUAUGGAUAUUUUCAUGAUGGUCAACGAAUUGAUAUUUUUCAACGCCGUCUGUCUGGUCAUGCUAACGUUUGGUUAGAAUCCCUAAUGCCAUUCCCAAAUACUUAUGACGAACUAAAGGUAUUGUUCAGACAACAGUUUUGGUCCGCAGCGACCCAGAGAAAAAUACGGAACGAAAUUUUCUGUCCAUACCAAUAUCGAACGUCUCAUGGUAUCGCUACGCAUGCAAUGGGGUGGAUCGCCAAGGCAAAAUAUCUCGGGCCAGCCAUUGAUGCAUAUGAUCUUAUUGGUGUCAUUAUCCAGCAUUAUCCGUGUACCCUAGAUAUGACAAUUACUUGCCGUAGUCCCCGUUCAACUCAUGAACUUCUUGCUAUCCUUACGGAAUUCGAAGAAUUUACGUCUUUUUGUGAGAAAGUUAGUAAUAGACAAUCGGAAAAUACUCCCGAGCCAUUUGGGGUCUAUAAUUACCGAGGACGAUACCACAAUGGACGUAGACCACCAUUUGUCGAUCAUGAUCAACGUAAUUACACCCGGAAUGGAUAUGACCAUAAAUUAUUGACAUUUAUUUAUUGAUUUAUAAUUUUAUAUGAUUUAUAUAUUGAUAUGACCUGGCGUGAGACGUAUUUCAUGCAAUCGGACGGAGUUGAUUGAAAUAUACAUCAAUAAUAAUUUGAAAAAUACGUAAGUUUAAAUAACAAUUAUUAAGGGUUUAUAACAUAUACGUCAUUGUAGAAUAGGAAAAAAUCCCAGUCGGGAUUCGUAGAUAAAAGUUAUGUCAAUAAAUCUAUAAUUGUCGUACAAAAUGCGCAUACGCGUCUGCUGAAAGGUUAAAGAACAACGAAAAGCCUUGAGUCUUUUCCUUGUUCUAAAUUACUAUUACGCAUUACGUCUAACUAUUUGAGUAUAAACAGGGACGUAACGCCCAUACUUAUUCUGAUACAAUGCAACCAGACUUAUGAAUAAACCGAUACUGUUAAGCUUAUCGGGCUACCAUUAUGUUGUGUUUCAAUAAUA